AUAUCCCCUUAAAUUCAGAGUCACACUUGAGGAGCUGCUAAACAACCAAACAACACAACUGGAACAUUUGCAUGAACGUGCCUUUGAGAAUGUCUAACAUGCUGUUAGUACUCAAUGUCAUCCUCACCCUGUGGGUUUGCUGUGCUCAUGGGCAAGGAAAAACAUGUGAUUUUCCAGAAAUAAAACAUGGAAGCAUAUAUAAUGAAAAUAGAUAUAAAAAAAUCUUCCCAGCUGAUGUAGGGAAAUAUUUCUACUACACCUGUGAACACAGCUUUGUGGCUCCUUCACAAUCACUCUGGACUCGAAUAAACUGUACAGAGAAAGGAUGGUCCCCAACACCAAAGUGCCUCAGACAGUGCUUUUUCCCUUGGGUGGAAAAUGGUCAAUCUACAUCUUCAGGACAAACGCACCGAGAAGGUGACAUCGUUCACAUUGUGUGUGAAACUGGCUACAGCCUCCCAAAUGGUCAGAGCAACAUUACCUGUGGAGAAAGAGGCUGGUCCUCCCCUCCUGAAUGCCGUCAUGUCUACCCUCGAGGAAGAUGUGGGCCUCCUCCACCAAUAGACAAUGGAGACACUGUCUCAUUCCCAUUAUCACAGUAUCCUCCAGGAUCGGCUGUUGAGUACCAGUGCCAGGCCUACUAUGUACUUCAGGGAAACAGACACAUAGUGUGUCGGAAUGGAGCGUGGUCUGAACCCCCAAAGUGCUUAGAUGCAUGUGUUAUUUCAGAAGAAAUGAUGAAACGACAUAACAUACAGUUAAAAUGGAGAGAUGAUAAAAAACUUUAUACUAGAACAGAUGACACUAUUGAAUUUACAUGUAAACGUGGAUAUCGCCCAACGACACCAAUUCAUACGUUUCGAGCAACCUGUCAUGCAGGAAAAGUGGUGUAUCCUCAUUGUGAAUGAAACAUUGGUUAAAAUGCAGUCAUAAAACUGAACUUUUCAUUAUUAAUCCAAUUCUUAUUUUAUCAAGUAAACCAGAAUUUAUGUUAAA